AUGAGAGAAGAUGGGUCAGAGAAGAUGGGCUUCUGGAAUUCAUUCUCUGCGCCCUUGAUUGCAGCCCGCACGCUUCCAUUCUCAGCCCCAGCCGCAGAAGAGGAGCCGACUCCUAGAAGCGUAGCACCUGGAGAACGAGAAUCUGAUAUUAACGCAUAUCCAAACACGCCGCCCUGGAUCUUGGAAAAUCAAGAUCCUUUGCAGUCUGCUAAGGAAGAUGAUGAGAUUGGAAAGGCCCAGGAUGCUUUCUGGCUUCAAUCACUUAUUACUGAUGCAGUCGAUGAUAAACAAUUUCAGAAAAUGAAAGAAUAUUUUCAACAGAAAGAGAGCCACUCUCCUCAAAAAUACAAUCAUCUUCUGUUACGUCAUCUUAACAGAUCAAUAAAUAAGGAACUGGAUAAAAAUGAAUUUCAGUAUGUUUCACUAUUGCUGAAAUGUAUUCAGCGAUUCUUCAUAGAUGACCCCCAACAAGACGAGCCUUUGUUAAUUCAGCAGGGGCUGAUCCGAAAGAUAAUUUCCUGGUUUGAAAGAAUGUUAGACUUUCUGAUCUUGGAAGAACUAGACGCAGACACAUCGCUGAUGAGUGUCAUGGAAGACUUCUUUGACACUGCACUGGUGAUUUCCAGGAAUAGUAGUAAAGGGAAAAUUCAGAUGCUGGAUUCCUUCCUAUUCAGCUUAGGAUUCCUGGUGACAGAACCCACUAUAAAUCAGCCUCUUCAACAAGAGGCUUUGAGAACUUUGAACAGCAUUUUGCAAGGUGUACCUCAGGAAGAGAGGAAGAAAUUCCUUUUGUCAGAAGGCAUGUGUCGUCUCAUGAGAGACCUUGCAAGGACAAUCUUGACUGUGGGUGAUUAUGACCAGCAGGUGGCUAUUUCUGAAGCAUUGUGUAGACUGGCGAUUAAAAAAUCAAGAAAUGAACUUGUCCAUGAGUGGUUCGACGAUGAUGCCAUUGCUGAAGCUUUCAAAGAAAUUAAGGAUCGAGAAUUUGAUACGGACAGUAGACGGUUUCUCAAUCACCUAAACAACAGACUUGGUGACCAGAGAAGGGUCUAUUCGCUUCCGUGUAUUGCUGCUUUUGCUGAAGAGAAUGAGGUGAGAAAACCAGCAGAUGAAAAACUAGAGAAAUUUUGGAUUGAUUUCAACUUAGGAAGUCGGAGUAUAACUUUUUAUAUAGAUAAUGCUGAGAGUACUCUGUGGGACUUGGUAAGACUUUCGAAGGAAGUAGUGAUGAAUUUUGCCAUAACAGAAACUGAGGAGCUGAAGGUAUUUGUCAUUUACCUGAAGAAGCCUGUUAUUAUCAGCAAAAAAGAAGUGAUGAGAAUAGAAAUCCAUUUUGAUUUGCAAUUCAACGUAUUGCAAGCUUCCACUCAAGCUUUAGGAGAAGAUAAACAGAUGUUGCCUGAACAGACGAAAACUUCCUCAGAACUUUUUAUUGAGUCUGAGAAAGAAGACACCAAGAUUCCUACCAGCCAUGAAAGGGAGACAGAGCAGGCAGAAGAAUCCACUGACCUGGUGGAAUUUGUGGGUUCUGAAGAUGACCGUUGCCUACUAACUCUCCCCGUCAGUGACCUAUCUUUUAAUUACAGGAAACAUCUCUUCUCUGAGAGUAGUCAAGAUUCAAGUACCAGUACCAGUAAACAAUCUUGGACCAGUAGCCAAAAGAGGAAAUCCUUAAAAUUAUAUCCUGGUAGAAAAAAGAAAAGAACCAGAAGUAGAUUAAGAAUCUUGCCACUCCCCCCUCUCAGUAGUAGCAGUGACCACGAGAAAGACCAAAAAGACAUGUCCAGGCAAAAUGAUACCAUGCCUCCCAAAAUUUCUGAAGCAAAAUUCCAAGGCAGUUCUCUUGAAGAUUCUGCCCAGAAAACAGAGCUUCAAGGUCCUCACCCACCGAGAGACCUGUCUCCUGUGGAGCACUCAGAAGAUGAAGCAAGUUUACCUAAGGUCGCGAACCAAGAGUCAUUAAUGGAAAGUACUAGCCUCAAACAUAAGCUGCAAAACUUAGAAGACAGAGAUAUACCAGAAGGUAGUUUUGCUAAGUCAAAGCAAUCAAGAUUGGAAGAUGAUGGUGCUCCAGGGUCCCCUUCCUCAGUGACAGAAGAAACAGACUUGGCAGGCAUGUUCACUCCAUCCCGAGAAGUCCCAGAGAAUUUGAAUGAGUCUGCCCUUCUCACAACCUUUGAAAAUUUCACUAAAGAACUGAAGAGAAAAUACGAGGUUAGGUACAGAAAGAGUCUACUUUAUUUGGAAAAUGCAAAGAAAGCACCCGAUUGCCUAAUAAAACUUUUAAACCAGAUACAUCUAUGCAGACUCAAUAAAGUAGAGAAGUUUCAAAAUUUUGUUCUGCAAGAGUUGAGAGUUCUUGAGAAGGAUAUUCAGACCCUGGAACAUCUUGAAAAGAAUGUUCUGGAGUUUUGGGGGAAACAGUCUGCUGACCUGGAAUCAUUCUGUGAUCUGCAAGUGCUGAGAUGA